GGGCGACACUUGUCACGGCUGCGCUUCAGUAGUUUGCCUCGUGCCACCCCGAAGAGACGUCCUUCUCUCGUGCUCUCUCUCUCUCUCUCUCUCUCCGCUCGACUUUUUCGUUACGAUAUUGUAAUAAAUUCGCUUCUGCUUGUGAGUAAUGAUCGUUAAGGGGGUUCGUGCAGUUGGACGAUUUCAUCAGCAGGGACUUAUUUCCAGUGCGUUCACCUAGACCUAGUAUUAGGAAGGAGUAUAAAGUUUUUUGUUGUUGUUGCUACUUGACAUUUUCUUGUGGCCAAGUGUGAUUGACAAUUGACAAUUGCAUCGACAUGGCGCAGACCUUCAAUCAGAAGAGGAACGUUUACAGCAUCGAUCAAAUACUCGGACACGCCAAAAGCGACGUGCUGAAUCACAACGUGGGAGUGGCGGACGGCGGCAACCUAGACUCGAGCGAGCACCUGGAGGGCGAGCUGGCGGCCGGCGACAGUUCCCUCUACGGCGCCGGCGACAUCGACAUCGAGUCGGAUCGGCCGCGCAAGGUGCGCCGCUCCAGGACGACCUUCACGACCUACCAGCUGCACCAGCUCGAGCGUGCCUUCGAAAAGACCCAGUACCCGGACGUGUUCACGAGGGAGGAGCUGGCCAUGAGGUUGGAUCUGUCGGAAGCUCGAGUCCAAGUGUGGUUUCAAAAUCGACGAGCCAAGUGGCGCAAGCGAGAAAAAGCUCUGGGCAGAGACACGACUUUCAUGCACGUUGAUCAGAAUGCUGUGAACGAUCUGACGCUACAGGCGCACUUGCUGCAGACGAGCGCCGGCCACGAGGCAGCCGGACCCGGAGGGCCUCACUUACCCUGGCUCAUGCCGCCGAUGUUCCCUCCGCAUUGGGGCCCCGCCACGACUCCGAAGCUGCCACCGCUGCACGCCCUACUCUCCCAGUACAUGAGUCUGCCGCUGAGUUUUCCCUGCACGGCGCUCGGCCCGCUCAAUCACGCCGCCGCGGUCAACGCCUUGGGUCUCGGGAUGACACAGAUCUCGCCCCAGAAUUUGACCAGCAGAAAGCGCGAGAGGGAGGAAGACUCCAAUUCGGACGAGGAGCAACAGCAGCCGCAACAGCGGGAACCGACGCCCAAGAGAAGUAACACUGGCUCCGACGUGCUGAGGAUCAAAAACGACGAAAACAGUCAUUGAGCAGGUUGAAUUGCGAUCGACUGCUCGGGUAUCUAAGCUGGACAAUAACUCAAACUCGUUGGACAAAUCCUCACCCGUCGAUGGUUUCUCCUCGUCGCUGUACAUAAUAUGUCAUUGAUGUGUCGUUUAUUCGCUUAUUCGUUGCGAGCUCGAAAGCUGCGAAAACUGUGAUUUUAUUAUUAACGCCUAGAUACCUUAAUUGUAAUUUUUUUUAUUUUUAAUUACGUUUUCUUAACUGACAAUAAUAAAACGUAGCUAGAUUCUCUAGACCAAGUAUACCGAUUUAACCAAAUAAUCUCAUUUAUCUAUUUAUUUUUACAAUGAAUGAUGAUUUUAUAAGAGAGUAAACGAAUUUAUACAAAUGUAAACCUAAGGAAAUAAGACAUUUUCCCCACGAAAUAUAGCACACAUGCAUAAACCAAUCAUCAAAGUAUUAUAAUGAUGGUUUUACAAAUUACUUAACUAUGACAAUGAAUAGUUUUCAAUAUAACAGGUGUUUACUUGAGUUUCGAAUAUAAUUCGCGAUACGAGUCGACAGUUGUUUCUUCGAGUCAUUAAGAUUAAACCUUCUUUUAAUCAUGCAAAAUUCAAUAUACCUUUAUCGCUAUUUCGAAAAAAUCGUUCCAACAUCUGGAUAAUUUUUCGUGUCUAAAAAUUAUCUGCUACCUUAAAAUCUUUUAAGUAUUCAUACGGUGUCACUCGUUUAAUCAAUCAUUUUUAUAGCAUAGAAAGUAAGAGUAAUUAUAAGUUUUUUGUUAAUUUUGUUGUUGUUUGUUUUGAAGAACGAUAUCGUAAUAGAGUAUGAUAAUUUUAUGCUUUUUCGAGAGCAGCGUAUGCAAAUGAGGUAAUUUUAAAUGAUUAUACGAUAAAUGUAUUCAUAAACUUGUAUAAAGCAUCAUUAAGAGUAAGUAGAGAAAAACUAAUUGGUAAAAUUUGAGUCGUAAAAUUGUGUACGUUUGAUGUAUCGAUUUGAGUUUGUAAAAAUUUUAAUAAUAAAUA